AUGCCUUUUGUUGAUGUAAAACUUGUAUUUAGUUUUUUCUCUCCAAAUUUUUCUUAUGGAGUGGAUGCGGAUGGUACUAAGGGGGGUCUAGCGGUUUUUAGUUGGUACCAAGGGGUUGUUACUUGUGUUUUGGCUACUCCGAACUACAUUUUGUGUAACCUUGAUGAUGGUAAUGGAAGUAAUAGAAAUGUGAUGUUUGUUUAUGGAGAGCCUAAGGUAGAAGAUAGAACUAGAGUGUGGGAUGAACUCACUACUCUCCUUUUGAUAACUCCUAAUUGUCUUUUGAUUGGUGACUUUAACCAAGUUGAAUGCUUACAAGACAAGCUAGGAGGCUCUUUAGUAAUAAAGGGUUUGGAUGCUUUCAUUGAUUGGCGGCUUGACAAUGGGGUGAUCGAAGUUCCUUUCUCGGGGCCUCGGUUUACUUGGACUAACAAGCGUUUGGAUAAUGGUCUCAUUUUAGAACGGCUUGAUAAAGCAUUUUGUACGGAUCAAUGGUUUGCGGAUUUUCCGGAAGGAAGAAUUUUUCAUGAGCCAAUAGUAGUUUUGGAUUAUGCAGCCAUUAUUUAUGAUUCGAAUCCUUCUAUGCCUCGGUCCAACCGUCCUUAUCAGAUUGAAAGGUGGUGUCUACGCUAUAAUGCUAUCAAAGGAAUGACUAACGAUAUUUGGGAUAUCACCAUGAAUGGAUCUAGCAUGUUUGUUUUAGCUAAACAUCUUAAUUUAUUCAGGAACCGUGCUAAAAAAUGGUGCCUGGAUAAUCGGACUUUUUGGGGUGCCAACUGGCGGUCCAUCACAAAUAAUUUAAGUAACCAAGGCGAUGCAAUUGUGACGAUUGAGGAAGGUGAAGAGUAUGUAAAAGGGGUAAAUGACAUUAUCCCUAAGUGUAGGUUGGACUUUCAUUACUGGCAGCAACGACUGAAAGAUAAAUGGGUUAGAGAGGGUGAUUUGUCUUCUACAACCUUAUUUAACAGGAUUAAGCAACGAAAAAACGGAGGGAAAUCCUUUCUCUCAAAAAUGAUGAUGUUGGAGGAUGAUAUUGACCUUUUAUUCCGCGAAAUGGUUUUCCUUCAAUUGGAAGAAUCAGAAGCUUUGGCGUUGGUUAGACCUUUUAGGGGCCAAGAGAUUCGGAAGGCGAUGUUCUCUAUUCAUCAUCUCAAAUCUCCAGGUCUGGAUGGUAUCAUUGCUGAAUUUUUUCAUGUCCAUUGGGACUCAGUUAGGAGUUCGGUUAUAACAGUUGUUCAACAUUUCUUUGACACUGGUUUUAUGCUGAAGGAGUUUAAUGCGUCUCUCCUUGUUAUGCUUCCAAAAGUUGAGAGUCCGGAGGUAGCAGCACAUUUUCAUCCUAUUAGUCUUUGCAACACCAUUUAUAAGUGCAUCACGAAAUGUAUGGUGAAUAGGAUGAAAGGUUCUCUUCCGGCCUUGAUUACGGAAUUCCAACAUGCUUUUGUGCCGGGUCGAUCUAUGGAAGACAAUAUUCUUCUAAGCCACGAGUUGACUCAUGUUAUUUCUAGCACGCGAAUUAAGGCUCCUAUGGUCGCCUUGAAGAUUGAUAUGUCUAAGGCCUAUGACCGAGUUAACUGGGCUUUUAUCCUCAAAAUUCUCAAGGCUUAUGGUUUUCCUGAGAAGUGGGGGGAUCCUCUUUCCCCGUAUCUUUUUCUUUUCUGCAUGGAUAUUCUGUCUAGGAUGCUCCUCCUAGCGGAAGAUAUUGACCUGAUUAAGGGGAUAAAAGUUACGAGGCGUUCUCCUUCCAUCUCUCAUUUGUUCUUUGCAGAUGAUGCGAUGAUUUUCUUUAAAGCCACGUCCUCUUCGUGUGGGUAUUUAGCUGAUCUUCUAAGGAGGUUUGAAAAGGUCUCGGGCCAACAGCUUAAUCUUCAGAAAUCUUUCAUUCGCUUUAGUCCUUCUACGUCAACUCAGGACAGGCAAAUUUUCAAAGAUAUUCUGAAAAUAGACCAGAAGGAUAAUUUGGGUACUCAUUUGGGAUCCCCUAUUGAUUUCACUAGUAGAAGGGCGGAUAACUUUCGUUUCUUGGUGGAUAAAGUGGCAAACAGAAUUAUACAGUAG